AUGGCUUCUAGAAAAACAACAGCUAUUGUUACAAAGAGUAAGGCUCAUGCUAUGCUAUUACUAGCAGAAGAAAUAACUCGGCUGCACAAUUCUGGUUCAGAUUCUCAAGCAUUAGCUUCUCUCUCAAAAAAGAGACAAAAAUCAGCAAAUAAGCAAAAUCAAGGAAUCGAUAAACUGUUAAUGAUGCAAAUGAAUCCUGUUUAG